CAAUGCGGACCGAAGGCGACAUACUUGACGGAUCCCCUCUCAGCCUGCUGGGAUCCGACGUCGCGACUGCUGCUCUCUCGAUGCCUCCACUGGACCUGACAACUUAUGGCGAGCUGGUCCAGCACAUGGCAUCAUUGUAUCGCUGUGAUCCAGCAGCCGUGGCCGCUUCUUUGGCCACCAUUACCUCAUCAGCAAGCCAUUUGCCUUUAGCGCUGACGGCGCCUCACGCUCUGUCGUCGGCAGCGUUCGCCAGCGCUGCCAUGACCGCUUGCCAGAAACCUAACCUGCGCAAUGAUAUCUCAGCAGCCAUUAGUGGGGCUUACAGCAGCGUUGAGAGCCACCAAAGCUUGGAUCGUACAAAUGCCAAUAGGCAAGCCAUUGGAUCUCAUGUGGACAUGACAGGGACUCACUACAUUGUAAACGAUGCAGCACAAAGAGCCAUCGAAAGCAUGCAGAAUACUUACUUGACAAGUACGGGGAGCGAUAAGUACAAGAAAUAUAAGAAUGUUGUCGGCUCAAAUCACAAUAACAAUCACUUGAGAAGUAAUGUAUUCGCGCAAGAUAAUGAUGGUGCUCUUGAUCUGAGCACACAGGGUUUGCGGUCUCUGUACUCAUCGUACCGACGCAUCUCUUUGGACAAACUCAAGCCGAAAUCCGUUGAAGACUUGUGGGUGGAGAAUGAUAGCGAACUUUCUUGGAUGGAUUCCAAAGUAGCUGCUUACAAUCCUGCCCAGAAGCUCUUCAUGUGUGUAGAUUGCGAGUGUGUAGGCUUCCUUUCACGGGUGGCCGAGCACUGGUUGGGAGCACAUGCAAAUCUGCGCGUUUUCCGAUGUCCUCGUUGCCCUUACACCUCUGCGUGGUCGCGAUGUGUCAAAAUGCACCUCACCAGACAGCACAACGAACAGUGUGCCGACACCACCAUGUGGAAAGAAAAUUCUACCCUCCUUGAAGUCACGAGAUUAAUGCAGGACCUCAGAACGAAAGUUGAGACGCGCAUUGAUUCUUCGAACACUCUGGCAGACAAAAGAUUUUACUGCCCACACUGUCCGUACGCCACUGAUCGCCGAGACUUGUAUACUCGCCAUGAAAACAUUCACAAAGACGACAAACCUUUCCACUGUUACAUGUGCUUUAAGCAAUUUAAUCGAGCAGAUCAUGUCAAGAAACACUUUGUUCGCAUGCACCCUGAUACGUCCUACGAUAUUGCCAAGAUCAGAAAGCAGCCCGGCGCUCGUGGCAGAGGGUCUCCAUUAGUGCACGAAGACACGCCAUCUUUGUCAGCAUCUACCACCACUCCACUUCCUCAACUUGGAGUUCCGUCUGACUUAUCAAAUCCAACCGCUACUCUCAAAUUACCUAAACAAUUGGAUCAUGAACCCAAAGAAGGGAGAUCAAACUCAAUCAGUUUGCUCCCUUUGACGAUUCAGAACUUACGAGUGCACAACAUGAACAUGAAUGGCCAACAUAGGCCUAAAUCUCCGGAGUCUCCUGACAUUACCGUAGACGUGGUCACUCCUGACCCGCCAUCGCUCUCCAUCGCUUUGCAUCGAACUGAUUCUUCUCCUGGCAAUGACGUAUUGUCUUUGCGGUUGCCAGAGCCGGAAGAUCACAGAAUAACCAUCACAAAAUGUUCUUCUGCCUCCCCGAUUACAGUUCCUCUUUCGUUACCUACGACUCAUCUAGCGUCUCUACCGACGACACCUACGAAGGAUUAUGACCAGGCUCUGGCAGGAAUUUCAGUCGUUACUGAAUCACCUCGGCAAGGGAAGAAACGAACUGAUAAAGCUUUUCGGUGUCCAUACUGCCAGUGGUCAGGCAGUGACAACUGGUGUUUGAAACGCCACAUGAACACCCACAUCAAGCCGUUUGCUUGUACCAUGUGCGAGUACAAGGCUGCCAGAGCUGAAAGAUUGUCUACACACGUCUUCAAAGUUCAUAACAAAAGGAUCUGCAACAAGUGCAGCUUCUUGGCUAAUACUCAAGAGAAACUUCUCGAGCACACUCGAGAACAACAUCACAACAACCCAUAUAGCCGGCGGCACACAUGCGGAGUGUGCAGCGUUACUCUGGAGAAUCAGUCUGCUCUCCAAUCUCAUCUUGAGAAGGUCCACACCCCCAAAUCUACUACUCCGAUUGUGCCAGCAGAGUCCUCUGCUUCGCCUAAGCCUGCUCAAAAGAAGAUGGAAGCACCGAUCCCUCAGGAAGAAGCCCAAGACUUAUCAAUGAACCUCUCUGAGGAGGUAAAGGAAGGCAAGUUGCAUUUGUUCUGUCCCGUCGAUACUUGUCAAUCUCGGUUCAUGGACAGCAACUCGCUGGCACUGCAUGUUCAGAAACAACACUUUGAAAGUAAUUCGUCUCGCUGUCCUCACUGUAGCUACUGUCUCACCAACGAUGAAAGAGGCAAAGAACAUUGGUUAAGUCAUCACCAAGACGUGUGUGCCGCUUGUGUUCUCGUCUUCACUUCAGUUUACGGUCCGCAAUUGUGGAAAAAAGUCCACGUGAAACCAGCUAGCUCGGAGAAAAACCCGGAUGCGAUACUGACAGUAACGAGUCGCAAACGACGUGCUCCUGGCUGUGGGAAUGAGUCAGUGACGUCUGAUUCAGAACAAUCGGCGACCGCUUCGACUGAGUCCGAUCAUCAAGAUUCUGAUGCUGAAAGACAGAGCAAGCGCUCGCGUAAACAAAGCUGCCCCAAGAAAGUCAUCGCUGUCGUUAACGACGAUGACAGCGAGGACGAGUAUGAAGAUGAAGAGGCUUCUGAGGACGACCAAAACUCCAAGUCCCCACAACACAAACGGAAGAAAACUCGUCGCUGCAUUCGAUGUCCUGAUCGUCCCAUAUUCGCUUCGCGGGCGCGCUUGCGCCUGCAUCGUCGCACUCGCCACAGAACAGCACGGAUUGCGAGUGCAUUUGUCGUAGCUGAGGAGAUGAGGAACAUGGAGGUUACGAAUUAACCUUACAGUGGUCAUUUGAAAAAAACUGACCAAAUUAGCCGCCUUUUCGGCCGGUUUCAUUGCGGUCGAAUUUGGUAGGCGUGGAUUACAUUUGUUUUAGUAAGGUGCGUUACAACUAACAACUAUCCACAUAUGUAAUCCACCCGACCCCUGUAGGGUUAAUAGCGAGGAAUUAAUUACGAGGAAUACGAGCUUUAAGUACAGAGUGCCUUGCACGAGCAGUGAGCGCUUCUAAUACUCAUUCAGGGUCUUGAAAAAGCUUUAUUUUAGAACAAUCUUUGCUGUUAGCGCCUUGUUUGCUAGCGUCUUUGAACGCCACUUCGGCGAGGUCUUUUCCUCAUUAAAAUUUCGUGUGAAUAAUAGAAUAAUACCUCAAAGUAGGAUAUAUAUGAGACCAGCUCUCACAUCCUUACUGAUAAUAAACAUUCAAUUGCUCAAUGAGUGGACAAUUAUUAUUUUAAACUGUACAUUGCGGCUAUGAUUCGAAGCUCAAGCUGUUGUUGAAGUAGCCACACAAAAAUACCUUACAUCCGUAGGAAAACUGGCUUUGCAUUAUGUUAAUGCCUGAGAAAAUUUCCAGGUUGUGUCAAAGGUUGUUGAAUAUUCGUUUGUUCCUGAAAUGUAGUUACUGAUUAUAGGAUGUUACUGUAGAUUAAUUCUUCCCUCUUCUUCUCUAUUAUAGGGCUGUAUGCACCCUUACCCUUAUUGGGAGCACAUUCGUUGCUCCUAAAUGUCAUGUCCCCACCCUUAUUGGGAGCACAUUCGCUACCCUCACAUGUUAUGUCCUUAAAUUCACAUCUUCAACUUCUCAACUUUGCCUCUAACUAAAUAACGACUUUGCUUGCGAUAUUAAAAAGUAGAACCUUGUAGUCGAAAUCAUCAUUAUAAGCGGGCUGUCGUACUAAACUAAUCUUAGAAUCCCAAUUGCUUUUGCUGCUUAAUAAUAUAGCAUUUUAUUUAUUGCUCUGCUAGUUGAUAUUAUGAAGUGACGUGCCGCUGGGAGGCUUCUAAUCUUUGUAAUAUGUUUAAGCUUUUAGAAUUACUAAAAAGUCAUUAAUUAUUCAUUUACUAAUUAAUCUUAAAAAUUAUUGACUUGACCAAAAUAAUCUCCAUGCUACUAACGAUGCUGUGAAGCAUUUCUGAAUUAGUCGCGGAAUUUAUACGAACAAAACGCAAUAUUUUCGUUACAACGAUCUGGUUUGAUAACACGUAACGUCAGAGACUCAGAUUAUAGAAUAGAAUUUUUAGGUUAGGAAAAUUUAAAUUAUAUGCCAUCUGAUUUUUUCGUGAAAUAUUCCGAAAUUCGAUAAAGUAGGUAUAUAUGAGUAAAAUGAAGCAUAAUUAUAGGGUAUUCACUUAUUCAGUGAGUAAGUUUGAUACAGGAACCUCUAAUAUGAGGUCCUGAUAUUCCUGAUUUUAAGUUGGAACUUGUUCGGUGUCGAAGUUUUCUAGUCAAGUUCGGUGCCAAAGCUACGUCUCAGUCACAACUGCUAUGUGAGCCUUACCAUGUUAUGGAAGUAAUGUUCGUAUCGUUAUGGGGGGCGAUGAAAUACUUUCGUGUUGUAUUGUUACGGCAAGGGAGGUUACUUUCAUGUCGUUAUGUUAGGCAAGGAAAGUUACUUUCAUGUCGUUAUGUUAGGCAAGGAAAGUUACUUUCAUGUCGUUGUGUUUGGUGAGGGAAGUUACUUUCAUUUAUAUAUAAAAAGCUAAAUCUUUGGACGUUCCUACCCUCCACCAUUCCUGCAUUGCUCAUCACCUCGUCUGGAAAAGGAAAGCUCGUGGGGACCUAGUAUGGGGACCGCGUAGGACCGUUUAGGGACCGCGUAGGGCCCGCUUGAUGACCGCUUAGAGACCGCGUAAGGCCCGCGUAGGGCUCGCUUGAGGACCGCUUAGGGACCGCGUAGGGGGUGCGUAGGGCCCGUGUAGGGCCCGCUUGAGGACCGCAUAGGGACCGCGUAAGGCCCGCGUAGGGACUGCGUAGGGCCCUCAUAAGGACAGCGCUGCAUGAGACCUCGCCCGCGAAUGAUGCUGUGAACCAGACGUUUGCUCACUAAAUACUAACAAAUCGGCUAUUUUCAGAGAGCUUAAUGAAAACUUUAUUUCGAGAUUGAAUGUAAAAGGUUGAUUUCUUAUUGGGAUUUGUGUAGUAAAUUUAGCUCUCUUUGAAUAUAAACUAAUUGCGGUAAAUCAAUUUAGUUUUUAAUUUGUUUGAACAAUAUGUGUUGGCGAGUGAUUCCUGAAGCGCAGAACGAUUACCUUACACCGAGUUAGCGUCUCUAGGCUAGUAACCUUUAUAUUCUAGAACCGUAUUGCUCUAGAAAUUUCUUGUUGCAUUGUUAACAUUAUCUUACCUAGGAAUAGGCUUACUAUUUUUCCUAGUUAUUUCCUUUAAAACUGAUUAAUAUAUACCGCUCAAUAAUUAUAAUGAUUAAUAUUGUAUAGAAGUAUUUAAGUAAUAUAAUUGUUGUAUAUGCUAUAUAUCACGAUGUAAUAACCAACUCUGGCUUAACAAUAACUUGCCCAAAUAUUUCCUUGCAUUCAUAAAUGUCUUGUACGAUAGCGCACGUUGAUCCCUUACUAUCUUACUGUCGUUGUUCUUCAAAAUCGCUAAACAUGAAUGCUAAUUUCUAUCGUUAUUCAAUAGAAGAAAUACGAGCAAUCGUCCAAUCUCAUUCCAACGCGGCUCCGGUGCAGUUCCCCUUAAUCAAUUCUUUAAUAAUCAAAGUCACAAGCCACCAACUAUAAAAUUAUAUGAUUUUAUUCAAAGCCUGAUUAUUAAAAACAACUACAACGUCGUAAUUGGGAUCAUUGGAAACAAUAUCAGAAUUACUAACAAUUCUUCACCUUUAACCACGGAUGAGAAAUUUGGACGAUCAACGUGGCACUUACAAUCGACUUUCAAAUUUUUGGAUACUUUGUUGAUUUGUAAUUCACUAUGAAGUUAUAACCGUGAACAUUAGGUGCCAUAAUAACAUUAUAGAUUUAAUGCGAAUAUAAUAAGUGUGCGUACAAACAUUUCUAGAGCUUAAGCCCUCCUAGCAUAAACUUUGAGUUAUUGCUUAUAGUUCCGGGGACACCUGUGACAAUUGCCUAGGUAUUACUGUAUAGGCAUGAUUGUGAUUGCAAAAAAAUGAGAUUACUUUAUGCAUAGCCAACAGAAAUGAUUGCUGUUCCGAGAAAAUUCACAAAACGUUGAAAGUUUCGCGAAACAUUUAUUUACAUGCAUAACUAUACUGUUUACGUGUUUGUAUAGGUGGUAUGCACUUCAGGCAUGGUCAUGUAGUGCGUGCCACGAAAAAAAAAAACAUUUUCAUUCAAUUUGCUGUGGUUUCCUGCACUCAUGACCUCGGUAGCAUCGCACUUUAUUUAUUUUCUCUGAAUUUAAUGUUUAAUUAAGAUUUUUGAUUUCCUUUGCCAGAAUUUUUUUUUUUAAAUUUUGACGACAACAAUUGAUUUUGACGACAGUCUGAUCGAUAUUAUCGUUGUCCUAAGAUGGAUACAGUUUCUGCUUUUUACUUUAAAGUUUACUGAUGAAGAUAAUGCGAGAUAAAUUACUUUAAACCGCAAUGUGGCAAACUUGAAGCGCGAUAAUUGCCUCUCACAAUUCCAUAUGCACAGGGAGCACAAAAAUUGUCGCAAGGAGUCAGAUUAUUUAUAACAAAACAAAAAAGUGUGUAUGUAGGCAACCAGCGAUAACAAACAUAGGAAGACCUUAGCAUGCAAUGUAUAGUGACAUAGAGCGUUACUUGAACUUGUAACUGAUGUAAAGCUCCACGUAUGGUCUCAUCCUCGAGCCACGGAAGUUUGUUGCCAACUUAAAGUUACUGACCACUGAGUCAGUACCCUCUGAGUUACUGACCACUGAGUCAGUGACCACUGAGUCACUGACCACUGAGUCACUGAUCACUGAGUCACUAAUCACUGAGUGAGAUAAAACCUUUCGAUGGAUGUUCCUCAUCCCCGGGAUGUCACGGCAGUUUUAACCAUUCCCUAAUCUGACCACUCCUCUUGCGGUCACUCCACUACUCUUCUUACAGUCACUCCCAUCACUUCUGUUGUAGUCACUCCACCACUCCUGUUGUAAUCACUCCACCACUCCUCUUGCAGUCACUGUACCACUCGUCUUGUAGUCACUCCACCACUCCUGUUGUAGUCACUCCACCACUCCUCUUGCAGUCACUGUACCACUCCUCUUGUUUUCAUUCCACCACUCCUGUUGAAGUCACUCUACCACUCCUGUUGUAGUAACUCCAGCACUCCUGUUGUAGUCACUCCACCACUCCUCUUGCAGUCACUGUACCACUCCUCUUGUUUUCAUUCCACCACUCCUGUUGAAGUCACUCUACCACUCCUGUUGUAGUAACUCCAGCACUCCUGUUGUAGUCACUCCACCACUCCUGUUAUAGUCAAUCCACCACUCCCAUGUUAGUUAUUCCACCCCUCCUGUUAUCGUUACCCUGUUGUUAUCCAUGGACCUGUGUAAGGAACCAGAUACUUUUAUACCUGUAUGAGUACCUAAGUGAAAAAUCAAUAUCAACUUUA